CACCAGCUACGGCAUUCUUAACAUACCACUGUUUCCUUCUCCAAGUCGUCAGGUCCAUAGAUCUCAAACUCUUAGAUGUGACCGGUCGUACGAGUCGAGGAAAGAGGCAUAAUUUACGAGGGCGGCGCUCUGCGGUCGUACAAAUGCUGGGCGCGGAGGAGAGCUCCCCGGACGCGGGGAACAAGCUCCAAGCCUCUAACGCCAUCCUAGUCGACCCGGGCGUCGGAUAAGACUACGAGGGGUAGCGUUGCUUGCUGGUGGGUCAACGGACGGUCUCGCCCCACGGGUUGUGAUCGUAUGCACCCUUAUAAGGCUUCUUGUGAAGCUCUCGUCCAUCCGCAGUCCUCAGUCGGCCCGUCGCAAUUGCUCGUUGUCUUCUUUUUGUUAUUCCUGUUCGAUUGGAGCUUGUACAAUGGCAUCUGCUGACCGGAAGGAUGGCGACGCGAAUGCGAUCUCGUCAAUAGCUGACGAGAGAUAUGGUUCAGUUUCCGUGUUGGGGAAGCCUAAUGGCACGGUGAAGCCAAAGUACUUUGGUACGGAUUCGGAUAGGCAUGAGAUGGAGAUGCUUGGAAAGCAACAGGUUCUGAGGCGCAACUUUGGGCUCCUAACAAUGCUCGGCUUCGCUUCGACAUGCAUCGCGUCAUGGGAAGGCAUCUUCACGUACCUCAACUUUGUUCUUAUAGACGGUGGCACGCCACUGCUCUUCUGGGGGUUCUUCGCCACCGCGACCUGCAUGACUCUUGUGUAUGCGAGCUUGGCUGAGAUGUCAUCGAUGUCUCCGACCGCAGGCGGUCAAUAUCACUGGGUCUCUGAAUUCUCUCCUCGCAAGUACCAGAAGGUAUUGAGUUACUAUUCUGGAUGGUUGACGGCCGUCGGCUGGCAGGUGUACCUGGCCAGUGUGUGCUUCUUGGUAGGCACGACAAUUCAAGGGCUCAUCACCCUCAAUAAUGUGAAUUACGGCUAUGAGCGAUGGCACGGGACUUUGCUCGCUAUCGCCAUCGUUGUUUUCACGAUCAGCUUCAACACGGUAUUCGCAUCGAAGCUGCCCAAAGUUGAGGCCGUGGCCCUGGUUGUCCAUAUUAGCGGAUUCGUGGCCAUCGUCAUCACACUGUGGGCGACAGCACCUCGCCGCUCCGCUGCUGAUGCGCUACUAAACUUUACCAACGACGGCGGCUGGUCCAGCACCGGUUUAAGCGCCAUGGUCGGCCUGCUCGCUCCCACGGCCGUUCUUGUUGGAUACGACUGCUCAGUUCACAUGUCCGAAGAAAUCAAAGAUGCCUCCAUUGUCCUCCCGCGCGCAAUCAUGGGCAGUGUCAUUCUGAACGUCUCCAUGCUCUUCGUCGUUAUCAUCACCAUCUGCUUUACGCUCGGCGACCCCGAGGAAGUCCUCGCUUCUCCCACCGGCUACGCAUUCAUCCAGAUGUUCUACAACGCUACGAACUCGCUCGCAGGCGCCUCCGUCAUGACCUUCAUUAUCAUCUUCAUGCUCUCCAUCUGCGCCGUCUCCGAAGCCGCGGCUUGCUCCCGCCAGAUCUGGAGUUUCGCCCGUGACCAGGGCCUGCCCGGACACAGAUGGCUAUCCAAGGUCUCUCCGCAUUGGAACAUCCCGCUCCCCGGCAUCAUUGUGAGCUUGAGCAUCAGCGCGCUCCUCAGUCUGAUCAACAUCGGGUCGUCCGUCGCUCUUGGCGCAAUCACAUCGCUAGGCGCCGUCGCAACACUGAUCUCGUAUUAUCUCACAAUCGGAUGUCUCGUGCACCGGCGUCUGUUUGGCGCACCGCUUCCUGAUAGGAGGUGGUCCUUAGGACGAUGGGGUCUAGCGGUCAAUAUUGGCGCGUUGAUUAUCUUGACACCGCUGAUUUUCUUCUUAACGUGGCCACUGUCGACGCCUGUGACAGCUGAGACGAUGAAUUGGAGUAGCGUCAUGUUGGCGGGGGUGUUCAUCAUCUCGACUACGUACUACGUGGUCAAAGGAAGAAAAGAGUUCACGGGGCCAGUAGUGAAUGUGACCAGGGACUAGAGAUGGGAUGCGGUGUGCGUUCAGCAGGCAGAU